CGCGCCAACAUGGCUGCCGCGCCGUCCCUACUGAAGUUAGGGGACGAAUUUCUCACUUGGGCAGAGUUUAAGGCAGCACUGGACAACUAUCAAGAAACAACACACGCUGAGCUCAGUAAGAUCAGUAGCAAGAAGGUGGAAACUGAGAACAGGAAAUUACCUGAAGGCGUCCAAAAGUUUCCGUGUGCUCAUGUUUAUAGAGCGGUGAAGUUUGGAUGUAUUCAUUACGGGAAGCCGCGCCCGUCAGGGUCGGGAAUCCGGCCAAAUCAGUCAACCUUCAAAAUGGGUUGUCCGGCGGAGAUCUAUGUGUCAUCCGACCGUAAGAAGGGAAAGCUUGUCGUAACUAGCUUCAAUGACAACCAUAACCAUGAGGUGGGUGAAGAGGUCCGGAAAUACUACCCCUCACAGCGAAGGUUGGAAGGAGAACUUCUGGAAGAAGCCUGUAAGCUAACCAAAUUGAGGGUGGAUGUCAGGGUACUCAAAGACCAUGUACACAAGACCAGUGGGAAACUAACAACUAGCAAGGAUCUCCACAAUUUGAGGGCAAGUCUUCAACAGGGAACAGAAGCUGAUGCAGUCAUCCGAGCCCUAGAGGACAUCCUACACAAUGACAAAGGCGCCAAGAUAGCUGUGGUACUGGAUCAGGAUCAGACUCUAGAAGCUCUCUACCUCCAGACAUCUGCUAUGGUCAGCUCAUUCAGCAGCUUCCCCGAGAUACUAUUCAUGGAUGCGACAUACAAGACCAACAACCUGAACAUGCCCCUUUUUACUUUGACUGUAAUGGACGGGAAUGGAGUUGGGCAGCCAGCUGGAUACAUCCUCUUGACGGAUGAAACAAAGGAAUCCUAUGUAAGAGCCUUACAGCUCUUCAAAGAACACAAUCCACAAUCCACUGCUGUGGAAACUGUCAUGAUUGACAAGGAUCCAUCUGAGAUAAAGGCUGUGAAAGAGGUGCUUCCCAACGCACAAGUGGUUCUAUGCCUCUUCCACACUAUGAAGGCUCUAAAGCAAGCCACAAGGCAGUAUGUGAAGGAUGUAGAGGUCCAAGAACAGCUGUCAAAACUGAUUCAAAGGCUGGUGUACUGUCUUACAGAAGAACGCUAUGACAACGCAUAUUCGGACCUACUAAAGAUGGAAGGAGUUGGCGGUUUUGCUGAGUACUUCACCCGCAGCUGGCACAAUGUUAGGCAUCAAUGGGCUAAAUGCUUUGUUGAUGGGUACACCAACUUUGGGAAUCGCACAAAUAACCGUGUGGAAAGCAGCCACGACAAACUGAAGAAGUUGCUCCGAGGCAAGGUUCCCCUCUCUAAGCUUAUAGAAAACCUGGUACUUUUCUCCUCCACAAAGGCUUCUCAGGCAGAUGUCGCAGAGUUUAACCAGCAUAUGAAGGUUGACGUAGCAAGAUCAUGCCCCGUAGAAAAUGCGUACAUUCACAGAUGCACCAAAUAUGCCGGUGAGAGUAUUUGCAAACAGCUGUCCUUAUCCAGGCUGAAGAAGUAUGAGGUAGGCAGAAACGAAGAUGGCAGCUUUUCUGUGAAACUCAAUGACAAUUCGUACACAGUAAAUGCCAGUUGCACACACUGUUCAUGCGGUUACGUACGCAGCAUGGGUUUGCCAUGCAGGCAUUUGUUCGUUGCCAGGCAUAAAGGCAGCCUUGAGCUAUUCGACAUGGCCUUAGUAGCCAAACGCUGGGUCAAAGCCAAACCUGAGGCUGAAAGGGCCGAGGCCCCAACACAGAGUGUAGUAACAUGCCGAGCACCUCCUCCCAGACCAGCAACAUCUCAGGUUACAAAAUACAGGCAGACAUUAAACAUUUGUAAAGAGAUUGCCGAUGUGAAUAGCCUCUGUGGCCAGGUGGAGUAUCAAAACCGUUUAACACAGCUAUGCUUCAUUCUGAAGUGCUUCAAGUUAAACCGGCCUUUGACAUGCGUCUGCCCCGAAGACGACGAGUAUCCUAUUGUUCACUCUACCCCUGAUGGUGACACAGAAGAGAGUCUUGCUGAACUCAGCAACGAAGCAGACGAAAGUGCACAAGUAGCUGAAAACCAUCUCGUACACCUGGCCACGGUUCACUCUAACCCUGAUGGUGACACAGAAGAGAGUCUUGCUGAACUCAGCAACGAGCAGACGAAAGUGCACAAGUAG